GUAAUCCACUAGAGCGCGUUCGGGGUACGGACACAAUACAGACCCAUCCGAUCUGAUCCGAUCCGCAGUAGUUCGCACAGAAUCGGCAUUGAAUAAUCCCACAGAAACAAUACCCACACGACGAGAUCGAGCGGCCCAGCGCGCGGCUAGAGCUAAGUGUCGGAGCGCGAUCCAAAUCGAAACAAACGAAAAAUCUCCAGUCUCUCCAGGCGACACUACGAUACGAGAAUGAACUCGGACCCGGGGCCAUUGUGGGCCAGCAGCCGCAGUCGUUGCCUAAUGGCGGCUCUCCUGCUGCUUAUCUGCGGCGGACAGGUCGCGGCCCAAUCCAAUUACGUGCAACACGGCGAUAGCGGCAACUACACCACAAACGGCCUGCCCGAGGAGGCGACACUGGAUGGAAAGGUUACCAAGCUGGACGACAUCAGCCCAUUGAUCUUUCUGAACCGCACCAAGGCAGCGCUUAAUUGUGCCGCCGGCUCCAUGCAGGUUGAUCUCAAGUUUAACGAUCCGUUCCAUGGCAUCAUCCAGGCCGAUUAUGACCGCAGCAGUGCGUGUCGCGUCAGCGGCAAGGGGGCCCUCAGCUAUCGCCUCGAGCUGCCCCUCAAGGGUUGUGGCACCAUUCAGAAUCCCACACGUGUCUUUACCAACAACAUCAUUGUUCGCUUCCACGCGAAUCUGGAGAUGGACGGGGACGAGAUCAUCACGAUCGUCUGCCGCUAUCCGCCGCCAGUGCCCUCACUGCCACCCGCACUGCCAGCGCCCAUCCUCAAUCCCAUUGCCACGAGCUCUGUGCUGCAGCCGCCGCUGAAGAGCAUCCAGAUACUGAUGAUCAUCUGCGCCAUCAUGUUCUUGACCCUCCUGCUCCUGGGCCUGGCCGUCUCCUACUACUGCCUGCGCAGCCGCCCCAUACCGGUGGUGCGACGCCUGCCCAUGAGCAUGGGCAGUGGAUCGGAGAUCACGAAACUGAGUGGCAGCAGCCUGGGCAACAUCAGUGUGUUCGAGGGCGUCAAGAUACCGCGGGCCCACGCCGCCCUGCAAGCCGUCUACUCGUCCUCGGGCAGCGAGGGUGCCCUCAUACCGUCGGACUAUCCCAGCGAAUCCCACUCGGAGAUCGAGGAGAUCGACACCAGGUCGCUGCCGUUCAGCUCGGCGGGCAGCUUCGAGAAUCGUGCCUUCGUGCAGGAGACAUCGAGCAUCUACAGCGACCACUAUGCCCCUGCACAGGAGAUGCCCGUGGCCAAUGCGGUGGUCACGACGGCGGCCAUCACCACUCGUCAUGCCAUGCCCCUCCAGGAGGGCUCUCCGAAGUUCGAUGUCCAGGUGCGUGUCAAGAAGUCACCGCCGCCCAUUCCGUCGCCCGUGACCUCGGACACGGAGAGCGUAGCGACCCUGCGGCCCGAUCGCAACAACCUGUCCACGAUUAUGGAGGCCUACGAGGAUCGCGAGAGCAUCAUGACCAUGGACUCGCUGCCGCCGCAGGUGGAGACAAUGCAGUCGCAGUUCACGUACGUGCCAGAGCUGCACCCUGCCCCACAGGUCCCACCGCCGCUGCCAGAGCCCAAGUUCUCCGUGUACACGCGCACCCACCACGAGGUGGUGGAUGGACGCCCGGAGACCUGGUCCGACUACACCGACGGCACUCGGGCACCCAGCGAGAUCACCGAUCUGUCCUCGGAGGCGCCCGACCGGGCCGUGGAAACCAUGCACUACUACGAGGACGAGUAUGUGCCCAUUGAGCCCCAGCCGCAUUCGAUGGCGGUGGCAGUGGCAGCAGUGCCACCCAAGCCUCUGCCCCUGCCGCAUGUCACCUCGCAUACGGUGGACGACGUCUAUCUGCGAACCGUCACCGAGAAGAAGACCAUCGAGGACAUCGAGAGCCACAAGCGACGGGUCACCGAGUACAAGAGCAAGCCGAAGGCACCACUGCCGCCGGUGGCACCGCCAGCGCCACCAGUGGAUCCCAAGUUCGACGUGAAGGUACGCAACUAUCCCAGCGAGCGGGAGCAGCAGCUGUGGGAGAACUUCUCGGACAUAUCCAGCGCCUCGGGGCUGACCCUGACGCCCAAAAUGGAGCGCAGCGAGCUGUCGCUGCCCCCAGCGGAGCCCCCAUCCCAGAUCCACGACAACAAACUGAAGCUGACCAGCCCUGAGCUGGUGGGCAACAUGAAGCCCAUCGAGGUGCCGCCUCAGGACAUGGAUGUGCCAAACUGGGAUGUGCUCAUACGCAUCCUGGAGGAGCCCGAAAUGUCCGAAAUCUCCGGCGGCGGCGACAGGGAUGACACCAGCUCUGUCCACAACAACAUCAGCUAUGACGACCGGGCCAAGUGGAAGGAGAUCAUCACCACACAGUCCACGCUCCGGUCCAUGCUCACGGAGGCUGUGGUGCGCGAGGACUUUGAGCGGAUCCGCCAGGACACGCGCUACGAGCGCAUGUUCGAGCCCCAAACGUGGGACGUCAUCAUUCGGAUUCUGGCCCCGCCCAGCGACGAUGACACCGAUGUGGAGAUGCGCCUGCCCAGGCGCGGCGGCAAGAAGGCACCGCCCCAGCCAUGGGACACACGCUCCCGUCGCAGCUCCCUGCCGACGCUCUACGAGUACGACAGCGAUGGUGGCUCCAGUGUGCGCACCAUACGCAAUGAUCCCGGCCUGCCGCUCCAUGUGGGCGGCGGCGGCGGCCAUCCCGGCCAGCCGGUGGGCCUGGGACCCUUCAACAUGCAGCGAUCGCGCCGCAGCUCGCGCACCUCCUACCAGACGGACCACAACGACUUCCGGUCCAUGUCGGAGGUGACGGUGGACUUUGGGCGCCCCCAGGCGGACCAGCUGGACAAUGUGAGCGAUGCCAGCAGCUAUUACCGCAUGCAGUACUACGACGACGAGGAUCGACGUUCCUUCCAUCGCUCGCUCAGUCAUCCCUCGCUGGCCCGAUCCGCCAGCGAGUUCACCGAGCACUGGACAGCACCCGACGAUCUCGAGAUCGAGAUCUCCUCGCCAGAAGGCACGCCUCAUGCUCGUCGAGCCCGUCAGCCCCUAGCCAUAGCCGCGGGACGGACCGGCGAGCAGCGUGUCCUGGCCCAGACCCAAUCGCAGAGCGAGUAUGUGGAGACCCAUCGCAGUGUCUAUCAUGCGGAGAAGGAGCUGCCCAUGCCGCCGCGCAAAUGGUAGAAGCCGCUCCCAAACAGAGCCAGAGCCGCCUUUCGAUUAGUCACUUCUACUAACAAUCGACUAAAAAAUCAGCGCACCGGAACGGAAAGGGAAGGGAGGAGGGUAGGGUAUCGUUGCCGGUAUCGAAUCCACGAGCUCCAGCAGGAAGGCGCAGGACGCAUCCGCGUCUCAUUUGGGUUUGGGGUGGGGUGUCUGGCCCUUCUGCUCGAGCUCGGAUCCAAUCCAAUCCUUCAACAUGGUUCACAUAUACAGAUGUAGGCUCUCGCACAUUCCAUAGGUCGUAGACGAUUAUAUAUCCUUACAAUAAUUAACAAAACAAAAAACGUGCCAAUUACAAUUGCCUGACAUUAAAAAUAACUGCAAGAAACGAAAUGAAACGAAACCCCCGAAAAUGUCAGUUCAAAGCGGAUGAGUUCCAGGUUCCCAUAAUGGGUUUCUAAUCAGUGGAAAUAAUUUUUUGAAUAACUGAACAAACGAAACUUUUGUGUUCUGAAACACCCAGCUCCGAAUGAGAAAGAGAUAGGGAAAGCCAGCCAGCCAGCCAGCCAGCCGGCCAGAGAGGGAGAGCGAGAGAGAUAGAGAGCAUGGGGAAAAUUUCCAAUUUAGAUAAUACAUAUAGUUCGUAUAAGAUCUUAUGCUGCCGCCCCAUCUUCCCACUGAGCAUUUCGAUGGGAAAUAUAUUGUCACAAUGGGGAAGAGAAAGGGGAAGGAAAUGU